AUGGCGGCGGCCGGGCCGGCGCCGAUAGCGGGGUCCCCCGCGGCUCCCCCCUCCUUGUCACAGCUCAUGGCGGGCGGCGAGGAGAUCGGGACAGAAGGCGGCCUCGGGGAGCCGCUCCCCCCUUCUGACGAGCCGCCGCAGCCUCUCGCUGAGGGGCUCCCCGAGGAGCAGCCCCGGCCCGGCCCGCCUCACGGCGAGGAGGAGGAGGAAGAGGAAGAGUCGGAGCGCUCAAAGGGUCGCUUGGAGGGAGUAUUGGAUGAAGACACCGCCGCUGAGGGACUCCACACCUUCGGCCGCUCAGCCCCUGGCACUGAAUUUGUUUAUCUGCAUCUGACACUUCCAGGCCGUGACUUGAGUGACGUCAGCAUUCUCUCUGGAUACGUCCACCUGCAGAAGAUGGAGCUGUCCUCCAAUAAAAUUCACGAUCUCUCCUGUGUCAGCCACAUGCCUUAUUUAGUGGAGCUGAAUGCUUCCAGAAACCAACUGAGCACCUUUUUCAAUUUUAGAGCACCCAAAAACCUCAGGGAAGUCGAUUUUUCCCACAAUCAAAUCCCAAAAAUGAAAGAUUUAUCAGCAUACCACUCGCUAACCAAACUCCUGCUGGAUUACAAUGAGAUCGAGGAGAUCAGGGGGCUGGAGGAGUGUCACAGCCUGAGCCAGCUGGGACUGUCACACAACAGGCUCCGGGCCAUCAGGGGUCUGCAGAACCUGCCCAUCCGAAUCCUCGACCUGAGCUUUAACCAGAUUGAGAAGGUGAAUGGGCUGAAGAGCUUGAAAAAUCUGCAGAGGCUGGAUCUGUCCAACAAUAAAAUAAACAGUCUGCAAGGCUUGGAGGAGCACGACCUGCUGGAGGUGAUCAACCUGGAGGAUAACCAGGUGGCUGAGCUGAGUGAGCUUCAAUGGAUUGAAGAUCUGCCUCUCCUCAGGGAUUUAAAUCUUCUAAAAAACCCUCUACAGGAGAAAGAUGAGUAUUGGCUCUCGGCGAUUUUCAUGUUGCUCCAAGUCACAGAUCUGGAUCUCAAAAAGGUCUCAGUGGAAGAAAAGGUGGCCGCUGUGAAUAGUAAGGAUCCUCCUCCUGAAGUUGUGGCUGCCGAAGAUCACAGGACUCAGCUUUUCUACAACCUUCAGCAGCCCCAGGGAGUCCUGAGCAGCACUUUGCCUGGCUCUGAUGAGCCCUACCCCAUGCUGGUGUUGCUGGGCCCCGUGGCCGGCGGCCGGAGGCAACUUUCCCUCAAAAUCUGCAGACAAUUCAAGAAUUUCCUCAGAUUUGGGCCCUGCCACACCACCAGGAAAGCUUAUUAUGGGGAAGAAAACAGAUUUGAUUAUUAUUUCAUUUCUCAAGAAGAAUUUGACAAAAUGGUGGAAGCAGGAAAAUUUCUGGCAACCUACAAGUACAGCGGCCACUGCUACGGACUGGGAAGAGACACGGUGGAAUCCAUAGCCAGGGAGGGCCUGGGCACCUGUGUCCACCUGGAAAUAGAGGGCGUCCGUAGCUUGAAGAGGACCCACUUCAAACCCAGGUACAUCCUGUUGGUACCGAUGGACAAAUGGAAAUACGGGGAACACCUGAGGAGGACAGGGCUGUUCAGCAGGCCAGAGAUUGAAGAGGCAGUGAACAGGGUGGACAUGUACCUGCAGAUCAACCAGGAGUGCCCUGGGUACCUGGAUGCCGUCAUCAACACGGAUGAGCUGGAGGAGGCAUUCACAGAGCUGACUCACCUUGUCAGGGUCUACCUGGGCAUGGAGCCACCUGACGUUUUGGAGCACAUGCAAGGCUCCAGGAACAGGGCAGGUUCCGGAAGUCAGCUCUUCCCCGAGGAAAAGCCGUCUCCGCGCGCUCAGGCUCCGUCCCACGGCAACGUCUCGGAGCCUUGCACCAAAAGCUAUCCCAGAGACCUCCUGGAACUGCUGACGGCGCCCCCAGGCUCUGUGGAAGAAGCGUCUCUGCACAGGCGUUUCUCUGCAGCGCGCCAGGGGCUGCACUCCCACAGGGAGUGGGAUCCUGACUCUGAGCAGCCCCAGCCGCUGCCCAGACCCGGGCCAGCCGUGUCCUGGUGCGCCCGGCGCGCCCUGCGGGAGCUGAGCCUGGCCCAGGCCGCCCCGGAGAGCUGGUUCAGGGAAUGCAGGCAUGCCAGGAAAGACAUUUUUGUCCUACCUGAAACACCUGAAGCGGACCAAAUUCUGUGGACCAAGCUUCCCAUCCCUCAGAGGCACCUCUUUGCAUCCAGGAAAGGAGUGUCCACCUCCAAAGAGGCUGAAGGGGCUGGUGGGAGCCUCCUGAGGAAAUGCACCAAGGCCAGCUCGGGGUCUUCUCCUGUGUCUGGCUCCUGCUCCAAACCUGUCCUGCCUCCAAUCCCACCUGGAUGGAAGAGCAGCAACCCCUGA